AUGACUUCUUCUUCAAGUAAUAUUGUACAAAAUUGUUUAAAUGAAACUUCAGUGGUUUCGGCUCCAGUCUCAACAAAUAUGAUUAUUGGUUCACCAACUGUACCUAUAAAAAAUGGACUCACGCCCAAUGUUCCACUUGAUGGUUUCCAACAAGUAGAAAAUAAAAAGAAAAAGAAAAUUAUACACAAACUGGCGACAUCUGCAAUUAAGAAAAAACGUACACAUUAUCAAGCAAAUAUUAUUUCAAAUCCUGUUGCACCUUCACCUGUGUCUUCUACACCAGCCGCUGUUGCUGCUAAACCUUUACUUCAUAAGGCAGUUCAACAAGUGGAAGGUAUUCAAGAUGUACAAGGUAUUCAACAAGUUCAAAAUACUCAAGAAUUACAAGAUACUCAACAAGUUUCAGAUGAUCCACAAGUUAAAGGUGCUCUACCUUCAUCUCAUUCACAACAGAUUUCAAUCACUAAUGAAUCUACUCGUUAUGCACAAACACGUUACCCAUUUCCCCCCUUUAUCAUCAAGUUCAAUGGUGGUAAAGUUACACCGAACCAAAUUAAAGAAGGUUUAACUGAUUAUUGUAACAAAAAGUAUCAAAUGGAAAUCAAUAUCUUAAAUUGUCGUUUAUCUAAUAGAAAUUCCAACAAUGAAUAUGAUUUUCUUCUUUUCUUAAAAGAUGCUUCUUCGUUUUCGUUUCUGUUAGAUAAAAAUCACUGGCCUAGUACCUUUAGUAAUGAAAAUUAUACAUUUCCAUCUUCUCCAUCUAUUCCACCACAGUUAUCAUUGUUAAUCAAAAAUGUAGAUCUUCCUUUGGAUUUCAAUGAAUUUUGUCAAGAAAUUCAAACACAUUAUCCACAAGUUAAAAAUGUUAUUAGAUUAAAAAAUAAAUUUAACAAUGAUAUUAAAUUAGUCAAACUUGAAUUAACUUCUUCUACUGUACGUGAAGAAUUAUUAAUUACAAGAAAAAUAACUGUUGGUUAUAUAGUUUAUGAUAUUGAUGAAUAUUUAGCCCCUGCAAAUAUUUUAAUUUGUUCUAAAUGCAUGGGUUUAGGCCACUUCAUGAAACAAUGUACCCAGGUCAAGAGUACUUGUCGAACAUGUGGUGAAUGUGCUGAUGAUUUAAAACUACAUACUUGCUCUAAAAUCGAAAAAUGUAUUCACUGUGGACAAAAUCAUAAGUCCAACUCUCUUAAAUGCCAAGUAGUAAAAUCGUUUAGAUCUGAAUUAACACGUAAAUUAUUAUCUCCUAAUAAUCGUUCAACUUCUUCCACCACCAACACCUUAAACAACAUUAGUAACUCAAACUUCAAAUAUUUAAGUUCUGAUUUUCCACCAAUGCCAAUGCCUCAAUUUGUACCAACUAAUCCUAAUUAUACUAUGUUAACUAAAUUAGAUGAUUUAUUGGGAAAAAUCACAGAAGUAAAUAAUCAUCUUUCAAAUCUUGAAUUAAAGUAUAACAAUUUUGAACAAUUCAUGAUUGAAAAAAAAGAAAGUGAUUUACUAAUUAAAGAAAAUUUAAAUUUAUUGUCCAAUCAAUCUGUUGAAUUUAAAAAAGAUUUGGUUCAUCAUAGUCUUUUAAUUGAACGAUAUGAAAAUUUAUUCAUGAAAUUAAUUGUGCCAAUGUUCGAAGAUUUAUUUGGUCUGAUUGCAUCAAAAAAUCAGGACAAAAAAGGAAAUAUACUUGAUCCUGAUCUUAAACUUAAACUUGAACGUUAUCUUAUUCAAAUGAAGAAAGCAAAAGAAGGUGAAAACAGAAAUGGUGGUGUCUUAAUGCUUAUUAAAGAAGAUAUUUCGAUAAGUAGAGUUCCCUGCAAGUUACCUAAUGUUUGUGUAGUUGAUAUUAAAGGUGAAGAAGAUUUUAGAUUAAUUGGUGUAUAUGCACCUGAUAGUAAAACAUGGUCAUGGGAUGAUCUCUCCCAUUUCUUAUCAAAGAAGUGUAUUAUUUAUGGUGAUUUUAAUGUUGAUAUCAUGCAGGAUGGAAAGAAAGCUAAAAUAUUACUUCAAUGGGCUGUUGAACAAUUCCUAUCUCAAGCUCUACCGAAUUCUCCAACGUCUUUAAGAUCUGAUAGAGUAAUCGAUUAUGCAUUUGUUCGAGGUCUAAAUCUUGAUAUUCAAGUAUAUAAUGGAAAUACAACCAGUGAUCAUCUUCCAAUACUCUCUGUUAUUCCCUUGAAAGUUUUACAACAAAAAUUAGGAAAAAAUACUUAUUGGAAAGAACUUAAUCUUUUUUUUUCUUCUCAACUUGAUAAUCUUCUUCAUCUUCGUAAUUCUCCUUCUUCGUCAUCUAACUCAUUUUGGUAUAGAAGUAAACGUUUUCUCAAACCGUCAUCCUCUUCUCUACAUGCUUUUAUUGAUUCAUCAGGACAAAUUGUCAAAGAAAGUGAUCUUAUGUGUAAUGUAGCAGCUGAUUAUUACGAAGAUUUUUUUAAAGCAUCAAAUAUUAUUAGACCUCAUCCUUAUACUGAUUCGCCUCCAAUUGAAUAUGAUAACAAUAAUGAAGUUAUUCCUGAAGUAACACUAGAUGAGCUUAUAAAUACAGUUCUAGCUAAAAAGAAAAAAAAAUCUCUAGAUGCUCAUGGUAUUUCGAAUUUUAUGUUUACUUUUCUUGAUCUUAAUUACUGGUCUCUAUUAUUAAAACUUUACAAUUAUUCUUUUCAAAAGUCAGUUUUACCUUCCGCAUGGAAAGAUACCCGAAUGAUCUUAUUAGCAAAAAAAGAUUCCAUUUGUCCACCGUCUUUAACUCGUCCUAUUUCACUUCUCGAUUCAUUUCAAAAAAUAGGUGAGAAACUCUUUCUUACUCGAUUUCGUGAUCUUUUAUUUAGAAGAGGUCUUUUACCUGACAGUCAAUCAGGGUUUAGAAAACGUUUUCGUUUACAAACACGUUUACUUCUCUUUCUUGAAGAUGUAUAUAGUCUUAUGUCAAAUAGUGCUCCAGUUUGUACUAUUUUUGUAGAUUUUCGGGCUGCUUUUGAUCAACUGUGGUUUCUAGGUUGCAUUGGAAAAUUACGAAAUUUGGGUAUCCCUUCAUCUUUUCUCAAUUGGAUUGAAUCAUGGUUAAAUAACAGACGUUGCUUCAUAGAAAUCAAUGACAGUAAAUCUCGUUGGUUCUCUAUCGAAAAAGAUGGCCCUCAAGGAAGUGUUUUUACUCCAACCUUAUUCAUCACAUAUAAUUGUGAUAUGGGUAGUUCCCUAUCUGGUUGCAUAAGUCACUUCUUUGCUGAUGAUUUAGCUGGAAUUAUGGCUGGUCAGUUAGAAAUAAAUUAUUCGUCUCAAUGUCUUGAUUUAGGAAAAAGAGUUAAAGUUUUUCUUGAUCAACUUGAAUAUUAUUCCUAUUUAACUGAUCAACCUAUUAAUUUCAAUAAAACUGAAGCUAUGUUUAGUGCACGAGCAAUUGGUCAUCCUAAUUUCGUCAUUCAUUUUUGUCAUGGAACAAAAGAAAUAGUUAAAUGGGUCCCAGAAUAUAAGUACCUUGGCUAUCUAAUUUCAUCAAAGUUAGGUUGGGAUAUUCAAAAUAAUACGUUCCAGGUAAUUGAUGCAACUGAUUGUUCAGCACCUCAAUUGAUAACAAAAACAAGUAGUAAUAGAGUUGCAGCAUGGCAUGCUCAACGAAAUGCAAAGAAAAGUGAAGCAUCACGCUUAGAAGAAAGACAAGAACAACGUAAAACGACAUUGUAUUAUGAAGUGUUUUAUAGACUUUCUGAUUGGUGUAGUCGAGAGUUGCUAGUAAAUGAAAAAAUGGUUAACGUUCAAUCAGAUUAUGAAAAAAAAUAUCAAAAUACCGUUCGACGAGUUCGAAGUUUGGUUGAACGAGAAGUAAAAUUUGAGAAUAACUCGAAUCACGAAGCAUUUACUAUGUCAAUUCAACGAUGUAAUCGAAAUUUAGUAGAAAGUGAAGGUAGUCGAUUAAUAAGAGUAGAAAAACAAGCUGAAUUAAAGGUGAAUACAAGAGUAAUAAAAGAUCGAUUAGAAACUCGUGAAGAACAUAUACAACGUUUACAACUCAACAAUGAGUACGAAUCAAUGAGAUCGGUUAAGCGAUGCCAAAGUGAAACUGAAGAUGAAAAAAUAUCUCUAAAAUUACAUAAAAAAAAAACAUGA